CUGUGCUCCUUUUUGCAGGCUCUGCUCCAUAGCCACGAUGUGGUGGCCCGGGAUGUCUACGGGGAGGAGGCGCUGCGCGUCACCCCGCCCCCAAUGGUGCCCUACCUCAAUGGCGACGAACUGGACAACGUCGAGGGCGGCGAGCUGCAGCAUGUGACCCGGGUGCGACUGGUGCAGUUCCAGAAGAACACGGACGAGCCCAUGGGCAUCACGCUGAAGAUGACCGAGGACGGGCGGUGCAUUGUGGCCAGGAUUAUGCACGGCGGGAUGAUUCAUCGCCAGGCCACGCUGCACGUGGGCGACGAGAUACGGGAGAUCAACGGCCAGCCGGUGCAGCACCAGUCGGUUGGCCAAUUGCAACGAAUGCUGCGCGAGGCACGCGGUUCUGUUACCUUCAAGAUAGUUCCUUCGUACCGCAGCGCUCCGCCCCCCUGCGAGCUUUUCAGGAUCAGACCCGCUCCGGUGCUUAUAUUCGUGCGCGCCCAAUUCGAUUAUAAUCCGCUGGAUGAUGAGCUUAUACCCUGCGCCCAGGCGGGCAUAUCGUUCCAAGUGGGCGACAUACUGCAGAUCAUUAGCAAGGACGAUCAUCACUGGUGGCAGGCGCGACUGGACACGGUGGGCGGAUCGGCGGGACUGAUACCGUCGCCGGAGCUGCAGGAGUGGCGGAUCGCCUGCCAGACGGUCGACAAGACCAAGCAGGAGCAGGUUAACUGCUCCAUCUUUGGGCGCAAGAAGAAGCAAUGCCGGGACAAAUAUCUGGCCAAGCACAAUGCCAUCUUCGACACGCUCGAUGUGGUCACGUACGAGGAGGUUGUCAAGGUGCCAGUUGGGGAUCCGAACUUCCAGCGCAAAACGCUGGUGCUCCUGGGUGCUCAUGGGGUGGGCAGGCGGCACAUCAAGAACACCUUGAUAUCGAAGUACCCCGACAAGUACGCCUAUCCCAUACCACAUACAACGAGACCUGCCAAGCCCGAGGAGGAGAACGGACGCAGCUAUUACUUUGUCUCGCACGAUGAAAUGAUGGCGGACAUCGGUGCGAAUGAGUACUUGGAAUACGGCACCCAUGAGGAUGCCAUGUACGGCACCAAGUUGGACACCAUCCGGCGGAUUCACACCGAGGGCAAGAUGGCCAUAUUGGAUGUGGAGCCCCAGGCCCUGAAGAUACUCCGCACCGCCGAGUUCACGCCCUACGUGGUGUUUAUAGCGGCGCCCUCGCUGCAGAACAUUGCAGAUUACGACGGCAGCCUGGAGCGACUGGCCAAGGAGUCGGAGAUGCUGCGCCAGCUGUACGGGCACUUCUUCGAUCUGACGAUUGUGAACAACGACAUCAGCGAGACGAUUGCCACGCUGGAGACGGCCAUCGACCGGGUGCACACCACCCCGCAGUGGGUGCCCGUGUCCUGGCUGUACUGACAAGACAGCGAACUGGAAUGCCCCGACUGCCUCGAGGGCUGCGACUGCGAGUGGGACGCCUACACGCAGGCCUCCAACGUGGCGCUCUACUGAGGCAGAUAAACGAAACGAAGAUGCAGAUACACGCCACAUCACCACAACACACCAUUAAAGUAUUACCAAGGCACAAAAGCAACAGCAACUGAAGAAAACAGCAAAACAGCAUCCACUAUGGGAGAUGAUGAUGACAGUGAGGAUUGGAGGACUGGAGUACUGGAAGAUAGAAGGCGCCUGGCGCCGAGCUAUAUAAUUUAAGAGUAGAUGGGUAUUAUGGGAACUGCGGUCGCAACGCAAAGACAAAAAGUGUGUUAAUUGACAGACAACCAUUUGUAUUUGCCUCUUUUUUUGUUUUCUGUUUUAACUAUAUGUUUAUUUUGUAUUAAUUUUAACCGAUUGUAUUUGCCAUUCCAUGCUCAUUGUGUUAUAUUUUACAAUUAUUGUUUUGUUGUAUUGUUUGUAUUCAGCAUUUAGUCAAAACAGCAUUAAACGCUUAUGUAAAUCUUGCACUUGUUAGUGUCUAAGUUAACUGGAGUUAGACAAAUCGAACCGAAGCACUCCAAAUUGUUUUUACUCAAAGAUUAUUUCCGGUAAGAGUCUUGUGUGCAGAUAGGGCGUUGAACGAGUUAGUAAAUUAUAGAGAAAACUACGUAAUUAAAUAUAAUUAAACAUAGACACAAGGAGACACAGCAGCAAAAAGAACACGAAGAACAGAGAAUAAUAAACAAAUUACGAUGUGAGCAAUUUCAAGUGUUUCAAGCCAAGUAAGAACUAAUUAAUUACAUAUGGAAGAUCAAGUCAGGACAGUGGUAAAGUGCACGUUUUAAAUGCAAUAAACAUAAAGAAAAGGUAACAGAAAAAACCCAAAAAAAAAUACAAUUAAUUCAGAUCACAACACCUACACACGCGGAGGAAAAAGAAAAAAACAUAUAAAACCAAAAUACCAAAUUGUUGACGUUUAAUUGAAUUCAAUGAGAAAUGAGUAAACCACAAAAAAUGCAAUCAAACAUAAUAAAACAAAAAUGAAAUAAUAUUAAUUGCAGCCGCGUUUAAUUCAAGCAAAAGCAAAGUAAACAAAUGGAAAAAAACAUAGAGUGAGCACAAAAACACACACUAACUGCAAUUACGAAUUAAUAUAAUUAGCGAAAAGGUGAGGAGAUUGCAGGUCAACGCAAAACAGGCAGAUAAACAUAUAAAUAUAUGACAAAAAAAAAUGAAGAAGAAAGUAGGAAAUCGAGGAAGUAUGUAUACACAACACAUAUAUAUAUUUUUCGAACAACUCAAACUCAGGUUGGAUACAUUGAAAAUCAGUCAAGUUCAAUAAGAAUAAUAUAGCGGAGCGCUUCCUUUUAACCCACAGCCAAAAACGAAAACCAAACAAGGUGACCCAAACCGAAUCGAAUGAGAUCUCUUAAGUCGCUUUGAAUUGAAUUGAAUUGAAUUACUCGUACACCCACAGGCCCAGUAACCACCCAAGCAGCAGCUUCAAAUUUUCGAGAUACUUUACAAUGACACCGACAAACUGUCUUAGCAAUCAAGAAACCUGGCAUUUUUUUAGUGCAGCUUCAUAAUCAGCAACCAGCGCUCAGUAAUUUCGCUUUUCCCCAAAUAUAGAUCCCUAUGAUAGGAGAUAUAGGAGAGGUUCAGAACAUUUUGAAUUAGCUUCCCUCACAUAGAGCUUUCUGAGAUGGACGAAAACAGAAUUUAGACCACAACUACGGAGUGUAGUUGGGUGAUUGGGAUAUGAAAAUCGAGAAUAGAACACACUUGAGAUCGAACUUAGUAUUAAAUCGAACACAUUUGUAAACACGUGCCACGCAAUUCUCUAGCUGUCCCCCCAAAACAAUUUAAGCCUGAGCUUAAUUCGAGCCCAACAACCACACGACCCACUUGAAUUUCCCAACCGCACACCACACAAGAAUUACAUACUUAUAUCCAGAACAAUUCUAUGGUUUCAAAAUGGUUGAACAAUUUUGCAUAGAGUAUUAUCGUUAGACGCUGGGCUAUAAUUUUUCGGUUCUGAGCGUGGAAGGAGAUAGCAGGAGAGGCAAUGCAAAUCAUAGAAGUAUCCCAAAAAAAAGAACAACCGAACCUACCCGAAAAAACUGAAGAACUAACUACCUACCCACAACCACAAACGCAGCCAAGUGGCCAAAUUAACUAAGUAUUAUACCUUAAAGCGAACGAAGGAACGAACGGGACGAGACGAGACGAUAUGAUAUGAUAUGAUAGGAGGAACCUUAUAAGGAAAAAAAAACGGCUGGAGAUGGAGAUGGAUGUAUGUACAUUUUGAAGCUCCCCCAAGCAAAAGCUGGAUGUGCCAGAAAACACCAAAAAUGAAGAAACGAUUAGGAAAAGAAUGCUCAAAUCAAAAUCUUAUAUUUUACGGUAUAUAACCAUGAUUAGGAACGAUUGAACAGAAUUGAAUGAGGGGGAAAACCGAUAGAGAGUAUCCCGAGAUUGAGCUAGGAUUUUGAAGGACUCGUUUCGUACUUUUACUUGAUCCUUUUUUUCUUAGCCGAUGCGAGCAGAUUGUAGCUGUACUCUAAGAAUAAUUUCACACUAAGAUUAAGUAAAAAUGUAUUGUUGAUAUUACAUAAAAAUGAAAAAGAAAAAAGAAAUGAGAUGAACAUGGUCACGUAAACCAAAUGAAUUAGAAUUUUUCUCUAAUUUCAUAAGUCAAUGAUGAUGAUAUGAUACUGAGGGUAAUGAUGGUGAAGAUGAGUUGAUGAAAUGCUUAUGAUCUCCAAUGUCAAUAUGUGUAGAUUGACGCGAUUUGAGCUAAUUGAGUGAAUUGUUAUUAAAAUAAUAAAUGAAAUGAAAUGAAAUGAAUGGAUCGACAGAUCGAUCGAUCGUUUUGGGGCGCAGAAGGCCGUGGCGUUAGUAAAUAUCAUUUAAAAUAAAUGAUAAAAAUGUCAUUAUAUAUACAUAGUUUAAACAUGGGAUUAAUAAUAAUAAAUUAAAAUGAAACAGAAACCGCAGCGAAGACGAACAGAAAGGUGGUGAGAACGGGAAUGAGAAUUAAAUAAAAUCGAGUAAACACUGAAA